GUUCGGCAGCCGCCAUCUUGUGGAAUUGAAACCAGCGAGUGAAACCGACGCCUGGGGAGCCACACAAAGAAGGAGCUGCAGGCGCCGGGGGUGAGGAGACGCAAAGGGGGAGGUGCCGGAGCGGGGCCGUUUCUUGUACACGUUCAACACUUCAAAUUUGGACCAUGGGGAAUGUGUUUGGUAACCGCUUCAAGGGACUCUUUGGCAAAAAAGAAAUGCGGCUUCUCAUGGUCGGUCUGGACUCUGCAGGAAAGACCACUAUUCUGUACAAACUGAAACUGGGAGAAAUAGUGACUACUAUGCCCACUUUGGAUUUCAAUGUGGAGAUCAUACAGUACAAAAACAUUUGCUUCACCGUGUGGGACGUGGGCGGCCAGGACAAGAUCCGACCCCUCUGGCGCCAUUAUUUCCAGAACACGCAGGGGCUGAUCUUCGUGGUUGACAGCGGUGAGAGAGAACGAGUGACCGAGGCCCGUGAGGAACUGAUGAGAAUGCUGGAAGAGAUUGGGAGUAAAGACGCUGCCUUAUUAGUGCUUGCUAACAAGCAGGAUCUUCCCAAUGCAAUGAAAGUAGAUGAAAUCACAGAAAAACUUGGACUGCAUUGUCUCCAUCAGAGGAACUGGUACGUCCAAGCCACCUGUGCCACUAGUGGGGAUGGACUCUACGAAGGACUGAUCUGGCUGUCAAAACAGCUCCAGAACCAGAAAUGA